GUCUUCCUCAGAGUGCGUGUAUCUAAGUACUACUCAGCUAUCAUGGACAGUCACAAAGCGAGCGUCAGCUUAACUGAUAGCGAUUCAGACGGCGAGCAGUUAUUUCCCCUUCCUUCCAAGGAAAAGCAUACAAGCGCUAAAAGAAAAUCAAACGAUGAGAAAAAAGAGGAGUCCACCAAAAGAGCAAAGAAUUUCGAGUAUAAUUUUUCUGAUCCGACAGAAGAGAAAAAGCUCAUACCCCCAAUAAGCGCUUACCUAGGAAAAGGGAUUAACAUCAGCAUCAAGGAAUACAGAAAGUCCUAUUAUCUUGCUUUCCAAAAGAAUGUUGAAGAUGAAACAAAGAACAGAUUCAACAUGAAUCUUGACCAAUUGGGAGCUUUAAAAAAAGCUAUAAAUGUGUUUGCAGAACAUAUAAAGAAAAAUUGACAUUCACGAGUUAAAUGAAAAUUUUGUAAAAAAAUUGAACUAACUUGACAAUUUUCCCUAUAUUCAUCUUCUUAGAAUGUCGUUUAAUAGAAUAGAAUCAAGUUUUAGAGGUUAUAUUUCAGCUUACCGACACUCUCCGAUACACUCUGAUCCCUACAACUUAUAUAACGAAAUUCGAGAAAACAUUUUCUUACUCUUAUUAGAGCAAAACCUACCUUUCCGUCUUUUAAUAUGCAUAAGCAUUGAAUUUAUUAAAGAUACUCAUCCUGACAAUUUACUGCAAAACGCUUACUUCUGUUCAUUUGCUGAACGCAUAAUAUCAUAUAACCAAGUAAAAAGUAAAGUUAAAAGCUGUUUUCAGAAAAUAUUCAAUUCCAUUGAAACAUAUAUCCAAAACGGUAGUGGUUGGGUUAUUAAUAAAAUUAACUUUUUAGAUGUUAA